CGUCUGCUGUAACGUAACGUUGGUAGAUGCAGUGAUGACAAGAAUACGUAAGCAUGGCUUCAAAUCUAAAAGAUAUCUGAAGGUGUCGGAGAGUCAACAUGCCCGAUGGACCAAAACAUCGACUUACUCUAAUGAUCACAACUAUUUUUCCAUUCCAAACAUCUCAAAUGCAACAAGGGAGGAAGAGGUAUCUAAUGAAGGAAAACAAACUAGGUCAUCUGAAGACUGGAGAGAAGGGAGAAGAAUUGUUGAGCUAGAUGUCCUUGCCACUGGUCUAAGAGCAUGUCUUAAAUGUGGUCUGCCCCUACAGCUUGGACAUACUAUUGACAUACAGACAUAUGGUCUUGGAUGUCUACUGAAAGUACAGUGUUUUAAUACCAUUUGUAUGCAUGUAAACAGUGUUCCUACUGGAAAGCGUCAUGACAGAGUAUGGGAUGUCAACAGUAAACUUGCAACAGCCCUUCUUCACUCUGGGCUUGGAGAAAGACAAGCUAAUAGUUUCCUAUCAGAGCUAAAUAUUCCAGCAUUCAGUUAUAAACUUGUUAGUGCAAGACUGAAAGAAGUAGGGAAUGUUGUUGAAGAGGUAGCCAAGGAAUCAACAAAUGAAGCACUGGAGAAGGAAUUGGCAGCUGUAGAACAAAAGAAUGGUACACUUGUGGUUGCUGUAGAUGCAGGAUGGCAGAAAAGAGGAAGUGGUAGAGCAUAUGACAGCAAAACAGGUCAUUGUUCUAUGAUUGGUCCAGAGACGGGGAAAAUUAUAAACUACUCCGUAAGAUCAAAAGAGUGCAGAGUUUGCAGUAGAGCAGAAUCCAGAAAUGAAAGUCCAAGAAAGCAUGCAUGCUACCGUAACUGGGAAGGUAGUUCAAAGGGGAUGGAGGCUGAUAUGGUGAUAGAAAUGGUGAAAGAUGUACAGAGUAAAGGCUGUACAGUAGCUGCAUAAGUUGGGGAUGAGGAUUCA